UGGCGGCCAUAUUGGAACCGAGUAAGGGCAAACAAACGAGGAAAGGUUUAGGGGUAUUUUCACCUAACUCCAGCCUGUGCGUCAUUUUGUUUUUCUGUAUUUCAUCUCUUGAACUUUCCCACACAGAGGACCUAACCUGCGGUGAUAAUGAACAGACACAUGAGAACAUGUCUAGCUUGUUUGUUAAGAGUCAGGACUGAUUUAUCCACCAGCAAGACUUCAUACACGUGCACUGCACCUUUCCGGGCUCAUUCCAUGGGCGUGAAAACGCGCUCGUAUCUGCAGUAUGUCAAGAGGAAAAUACAAGCACCGAAAGCCCCUCCGUACAGCCACGUGUGUCAGGUCGGAGAUCCGGUCUUGCGAUGCAAAGCCUCACAUGUGGCGCCGGCAGAUGUGCAGGGACCAGAUGUGCAGCGCGUGAUCGGCACCAUGGUAACGGUGAUGCGCAGGCUGAAGUGUGUGGGACUUAGCGCGCCGCAAGUUGGGGUUCCUCUGCGCAUCAUAGCUGUGGAGUAUACAGAGAAAAUGCUGCAUGAGAACUCUCCAGCUGUCAUCGAGGCCCGUGGUCUGGUCUCAGUUCCCCUCAAGGUGUUUAUUAAUCCACAGCUCCGUGUGCUGAAUGGACAGACUGUCAACUUCCAGGAGGCCUGUGAGAGUAUCUCGGGCUUCUCUGCUUCUGUUCCACGAUACAUCUCUGUAGAGGUUUCAGGACUGAAUGAAAAAGCCGAACCUGUCACCUGGCAAUCAAGUGGCUGGCCAGCAAGGAUACUGCAGCAUGAGAUGGAUCACCUUGAUGGAGUUCUUUAUAUUGACCAUAUGGACAGUAAAACGUUUAUAAAUGUUAACUGGGAGGAAUACAAUGAGAAACAUUAAAAAAAAUAUACAUAAGCUUGCCAAUGAUUGUGCUUUAAACUGAAACUUUUUAUUCCAGUUUUAAUAAAUUUAUGCUCAUUUGUGUGAAGAA